AUGACAAUAUUAAACAAGAUUCUUAAUUUAAAAUUAUCAAAUAAUGAUAAUACAUCAUCAACAUCAUCAACAACUCCAGAAUCAAUAUCAUCUCCAUCAACACCAUCAUCAACAUCAAUAGAUCAACAUAUUAUAGAUUCAGGUUUUGAAAUAAGUGAUUGUUCAGAAACUUGUGAAGAUUGUACUUUUCAUUAUCCAAAAUCAUUAAAAUUUGAAGAAAAUGAACCAUUAUGGCAUUCUACAAAACCUUUUGGUUUACAUUUAAAUAUAUCAACUGGUAAAACAGAUUGGCCUCAUGAUGCUACUGGUUUAAAAGGUACUUUAUCAAAUAAAAUUGCAAAUUGGGCUUCUGAAAAAUCAGGUAAAACAAGUAUUGGAAAUAUUAAAGUUACUUGUUCUUCUUUAGGUAAUGAUGAAUUAUUAAUUGAUGAUGAAUAUAUUCAACAAAAAAAGGGGGAUGUUUUAAUAUUACCUUAUUUUUUAUGGAUAAAAGGAAUAUAUAUUGAUGAAGUUGAUGAAAUUUUUAAUAAAUUAUUAAAUAUAAUUGAUGAAAAUAAUUUAUAUAAUAAACAAACAAAUCAACAACAAGAACUUAAAUUUGAAACAAUAAAACAACAAAUUCCAACAAUUAUAGAAGAUGAAAAUAAAGCAUAUGUAUUAUUUUGUUCUCAUAAAACAAGAGAUAAAAGAUGUGGAAUAACAGCACCAAUAAUGAAAAAAGAAAUGGAUUUAUAUUUAAGAGAAGUUGGUCUUUAUAGAGAUUUUGGAGAUUUAACUCCUGGUGGAGUUAAAAUUGCAUUUAUAAAUCAUAUUGGAGGUCAUAAAUUUGCUGCAAAUGUUAUUAUAUAUUUGAAAAAUACAGGUCAAAAUAUUUGGUUAGGAUUAUGUAAACCAAAUAAUGUUAAACCAAUUGUUGAUCAAUGUAUUAUUGGUGAAGGAAAAGUUUGGCCUGUUAAAGUUAGAAUUUUACAAAAAUUUAAUCCAAUUGAAUGGUAA